GUCAUCACUGUGUAGCCCAUUGACAUAAAAGGUGUAGCCGCCAUGCGGCUCUGGAGAGCGACAGUGUUCUUAGGUUUGUUAGGGAGCAGAGGAGUACAGAGAAGUAUGUGUGCUCAGGUUGGAGAGUGGCAGAGUGCCAAGUCAAUCUACGAAUUCUCUGCCAAGGAUAUUGACGGCAAUGAUGUGUCUCUUGAGAAAUACAGAGGGUAUGUGUGCAUCAUUGUAAAUGUGGCCUCUAAAUGAGGAAAGACCAAGGUAAACUACACUCAGCUAGCUGCAAUGCACGCCUCCUACGCUGAGCAAGGUUUACGCAUCAUGGGCUUCCCAUGCAACCAGUUUGGAGGACAGGAGCCAGGGACUGAUGCAGAGAUAAAAGAGUUUGCCAAAGGUUACAACGCUGAGUUUGACCUCUUCAGUAAAAUUGAUGUGAAUGGAGACAACGCUCACCCUCUGUGGAAGUGGAUGAAGGCCCAGCCCAAAGGCAAGGGAACCCUGGGAAAUAACAUCAAAUGGAACUUCACAAAGUUUCUGAUAAAUAGAGAAGGAGCAGUGGUGAAGAGAUACGGGCCAACAGAUGAUCCCAGCGUGGUGGAGAAGGACCUGCCUACGUACCUGUAAUACUACUGUCUAUGUGUUUGUUUGACUCCUGACCUCUCCCAUGGACUUCAGGGUAUUGGUGUGUGUGUGUGUGUCUGGACCAGUGACGGCCUGUCUGUAAACCCAACAUUGGGGAAGGCAGGCCUGAUGACCCCUAGCGUGCAACUAACCCACAGAACACACCCAUGCCAGACCCAUAGGAGCACAUGAGAGGACAUUCAUUAGUUAUGCAAACUAGAGACCCUUCACAUCUUACUUCAAACUCAGCCAUUCCUCUUUCCAAUGCAAAUACCAUCUAGUCCUUUCUGAACGUUAAGUGACAAGUUUGUUCAUGUAUCAAUGUCUGUUUCAUUUAUGGACAUAGGAUGCCAUAUAUUUCUGACAAGCUACUGAUAACCAUUAUUAUUUGCACUUAACUUGCCGAAGGGCCCAUUAUUGUAUCUGUAACUCAUGACUUACCAUGUGAUGAAAUUGGAAAAUAAAUGCUGUCCAGGACAUUAA